AUGGUGAACGAUAAUCUCGCGUCACCUGCCUCGGCCUCCGUCGUACGCUCUUUGGCCACGGCUCCGGCCAUGCGACUCCGUCAGGGCUUUGACGCAGCUGCGUGUCACGGAGGGGCCUACCGGCUGGAUGGAUUAGGGGAAAAGAUGCAAACUCUGCGAUUCUUGGUGCUCCUCGAUGGAGUCGGCGUAGACGACAACCGCUACGGCGAUGUGUCCAUUCCAUCCGGAUGUCUCUACUUUUCGUUACCCGUCUUUGGUCCCACCGCCAACUCCCGCCUGUUCAACAACAAUAACAACCACAACAACAAUAACAACCCGACGGCACCACUCCGGCUUUCUGCCAAGGAAGGGAUCGUGUCCGUCCGACAAAUUGGCUGGCAUACCGGUUGGCGACGCAGAGAGAGUCGGAUCGUCGGGACCUUUCGGGCGGUUCCGUUGGUACAGGCGAGGAAACGGGACGGCUUUUGA